CUUCUUCACACUACAAACACUAGUAACGGAAGACUUAUGGUACACCGAAAAUCAAGGACCUAAUACACCCGCUGAAUACAACUGUGAUAAUGACCUUCGCGACUGGGUGUUUACGUCAGUCCGUCCGCAGAGAUUUCACCAGGAUCUUUUCUUUGGUAAAGUACUAUACUGAAGAUAACUCGACUAUUUUUAGUUGCCAGGGGAGAAAAUUCUGCUUGUGGAUCCUCAGCUUCUGAAAGCUCUUGAUCGUGUUGCAAGCAUGUCCACUUUAAGGCAGCUUUCUGUUACUAAAGUUUUUAAGAUUGCUGAAAGCCCUCCUAAAGCGGACUAUGAAAGGAUAGCUUAUAUGAUUCCAUGCGAAUUUGACUCCUGCAUAUCAGUUAUCAAACACUGUGAAGUUGAUCAGUCGAAGGAUAUCAGACGAACAAGAUUGAUAAUAUUUGUUCCUAAAGAGGUACACGCAUUUUUUAAUGGUCAUCUAUUAAAACAGUAUGACUUGACUUUUAUAAGCAUUAUUUAAGUGAUGUUAUUUUUGGAUGUAAUUUGUUUCUUUGACACUUUUAAUUGUGUAACUGUUUAGAUAAGGUUUCAAGCUGGUUGCCGGUAUCUUAGUACUAGAAAAGUCAGGCAAUAUUCUUCUUGCUGGUUCUUUUAGAGCGUAUUUAAGAAUACAAACUAUGGAAAGGGUAGGAGCGACGAGCAUAUAAUAUAUGACUGGGCGAAUAGCAGUAUAGUGAGCGGUUAAAAUAUGUAUUAUCUGUGACACCAUAGGUUAAGUGAACUUAAUUGGCUAUCUGUGACAAAAGUAUCAAAUGUUACUGGCUUUUAUUUAAUGUUGCUCUUUGUAUUAGGAUCUUUAUAGUCUUGAAAAAGAAUAACAUUUGAAAAGAGUUAGUGCUCAUUAGUGUGUAUGCCCAAAUUAUGUGAGGAUAACAUUGAGAAAAUGUCCAGGGUGUCGAUUGAAUUUGACUUUUUUACCAUUGUUUCCCGAAAAUUUUUGUCUACAUACUGCGGAACGUUUCUAAUUUCAAUAUUUGAACACUUUGCACUAGCAUCAACAUAUAAAGAAAUGGAUGUUUAAGAAUAUUCAGUCCAGCAUACUGUCUUAUACUUAUAUUAAAGAUUUACUUGCAUGUGCUGCAUACGCUUACAUACUUAGAAGUGAUAGAAAAAAUCCACUGCUCAAGUGAGCUGGAUGGUUCAAUCGCGACGCUUUCAUUUUCUCGAUAUCUCCGGUGCAUCCAUCCAGCGUGUCCCCCUAAUCGUCUUUGCCAAAACAAGAAGAACAAGAUAUGCACCAUAAAAUGUGCGGAUUUUAUUUCGAGGUUUCUCUUCAGUUAUAGACGAUUCAAAAUACACGUAGGUUUGGUGAAAUAAGGACAGCUAUUCAAUGUAUUUCACAAUUGUGUAUUCUGUUGCAUCAUUAUUACAUAUUAAAUUAGUUGUGCUCUCUGAGCUGGAUGAUUUAAUUGCUAAGCUUUCGUCAUCCUUCUAAACACCAUCUUCACCGCAGGUUUUAGUUUAUAUGUAUAUUAUGUUACAUUGCUUUUCUUGACCCACUGACCUUAACUCAGCUUCUUGUAUAUUAUUACUAGAUAAACUGCUUUAUUUUGGGUUACUGACCAAACACCUUGAAUAUUCUUACAAACGUUAUAAACAGUUACUUUCAUUUCUCGCCUCGUGUUUUGUAAGACUACUCUCUCCAUGCUUAGUUUUGCUCGUAGUAUUUCUGUUAUUAGUAAUGAAAACGAAGGCUUGUUAUUACUUACAAGGAGGUUUUACGUUGAUUUACGUACGGAAGGAAAGUGAUACUAAGUAUCAUCAGCACUCAGUAGAGCAUUGCUACUCAAACGUAUGUUUUAGCCCAUUAUUCUCGGGAUGAUUGCAUAAGUAACUAAGUUUACCUUUACGUAUAAGAAGUAAGCCGGAAGCAGUUUAGUGUAAGAUAUCUUACAGUUAUUUGUUAGGGAUUUUCAGGGUAGACAGUUUAGUUUUCGGAUUUCUGCAUAGUCAGUAUUUGUCUUGAAGAAAUUCUAUACUCCAUAAAACUCAGUACAAUUUUUCAUUCUCUGUUACUUUAUUUCCAGUGUAUAACUCCGUUAUUGUGUUUGUGUGCUCUGUAGAUAAUCUGGUGCUCUCGCGUUGUAUUACUUCUCUUUGUAGAUUGCUGCAAUGACUUAUCUUUUGGAAUCUCGAGGAUUUCUCGGUCGGAACGUGUGUACUGCUAGUUUAUCACUAAGUUGGAUUCAGUUGGACACGGAUUUAGUAACUCUAAAUCUGCCUAAUUUAUAUCCAGAUUUUUAUUUAUACAAAGACUACUGCUGGCCUCACUAUAUGGGUAUGGAGUUGGGACGUUUACUUAAGCUGACUAGUGAAAGCGAUUUGGCUCCAAUGGGUUGUCGAGUUCAUGCGCUAGGCGAGGCUUCACACGUCGUUGCCGCUGGUAUUCGUUUAUAUUGUAUUCAAUCAGGUUUAGUCAACAUGGAUAAAAAGCCUUCCAACAAUGCUUACUCACAGUUAAAUCAUCAAAGAAAUGGAUCAGCUCCCGAUGAAAACAACUCAUUACCAAUGUUAGACUCACAGUCUUCAUCGUCAGCAUCAUUGUCGAGUAUAUCUCUUCGCCCACCACCAUUGGUUCUCAUAUUUAGUCGUGAUUUGGAUUAUAUAACUCCUCUUCUAGUCCCGAUGACAUUUGAAGCUUUAAUUCACGAAGUAAUUGGCAUAGAAUUAGGUCAGGUUGAAUUGCCACUUGAACUAGUCGAUGAAACAACUCCACAGAAGCAGGUUCUUGAUAGUACAAAACAGCAAUACUAUAAAGAAAUUAGAGAUGUUCAUAUAUCUCGAGUACACUCUUUACUUUUGGAUUGGCGUGGUAAACUACAAGAUUCUCGUGGAGAUUUAGAAAUGCAGUUGGUCGGUCAUCCUACGGAACAUCAAAACUCACACACUUAUCAUAGUGGCAGUUUUGAAAAUCAUAAUUUACGUAAUAUCAGUACACGUUUAGGACCAUUAUUGGUUAAAAGGCGUGAAUUGUCAUUUUUACUAGCCUGUUUGGAACAAAUACUGAAUACAAUGACACGUAAAGAACGUGUAGAAGAUUUACGUUCUGCACAGACAUUGUUAUUACAAUCUGGAAGUGGUGGAACUCUGGCAAUGGCUGAAAGUGGAAUUCCACCUACUGAUGAUGAUAACUCUAAUGUUGAUCGUAAGAGGAAAACAACUCCAGUUUCAGCUGGCGGCGCUUGUGGUAAUUUAGCUGACGACAUUAACUCUAUGCCUAUGCGCUUGUCUAUGGAAUGGUUGACCACUCACCAUGGUGAUCAUUUGAUUGAUGGUCUCCGCCUGGCGGCAUUGAACUGUGUUUUACAUGAUGGUCUCGGUGAAGAAUUGUAUGAUGUCAUGUACCGCGCUGUAAUGCAUGCUGCCGGUCAAAUCACUUUUCCAAUGCUUGAAGCAUUAUGCUCGCUUGGUUUAAUGUGUCCUCGUUCCAAACUUCCUGAGUCAAUCAUGGCAGCUAAUCAUUCAUUUGAAGCAGAGUCGAAUGCAACUAUUAGUCAGGCGAGUGAUUCAACAAAGAGGAGUGGAAAAUCACUACCUCAUGCUGUCUCGAAGCUUAGAUUAUCACAUCGCCAGAAAUCUCGUUAUAAUUAUCUGCAUCAUUUAUUACAACUGAGUAAUUGGAAUCAAGCUAACCGACAUGUAGAUCGUACAGUUGUCUCACCCACAUACGUGUAUUCAGGUCAACACUGUCCAUUGGUUGUCCGACUCGCAGAGUCUAUUUGGUCAUCUGGUCUCUUGGAUUCUAAAUUUCAGUCCGUUCGAUCAGAUUCUUAUGCUUCCGACAAGAAGAAUUCGGAUUUUGAGUUGAUUAAUCAAUCACAGUUGACUGAAGCAUUGAAACAUAUGGGUCUGUCAAGUGAAGCUGCUUCAAAUCUAGGUCUUGUGAGUCUUUGUGAUCCGUCACUAACCGCUGCAGGUUAUCAAAAUGAUAUAUUUUCUAAGAAGAAUCGUCCAAACGCUCCGGCACCUCGUCCUUUACCUCUUGUGAGUACUGAUCAACCUGUCGUUGUGGCGUUUCCAGGGGGAUGUACAUAUGGUGAAGUUGCGGCCCUGCGGUUUGUCGCUGCACGAAGGAGAUGGAAUCUGCUCAUUGCCACGUCAUGCAUGCUUACAUCUAGAGACUUACUGCAACAAGCUGGUAAAGCAGCAAUGAGUGUAAACUCUACUUAGUUCCAUACUUCUGUCCAUAGACAUUUUAGUAACCACUACUCCGCAUAUCUCUCGCCUCAAAAUUUCCAUCCUCAGGUCCUUCAAGUUUCUUUAAAUAAGAACAUAACUUCCUUAUCUUACAUCAAAAUAUUUCCUCAAUGAUCCUAGGGAGUAAAAUGUAUCUCAUAUCUUUGAUGUAAAAGGCUGUGUCAUGAAAUUUAUAUUAUUUUUAUUAUUUCUGUGAUUCUUUUUAUGUACUAAGUUAUAUUUCUUGUUGGAUACGUACAUUUUUUGUCAUUAUUCACACAUUCCUCAACUAAGUUUUCAGUCAAAAAAUGCAUUUCUUAAUUUGUAAUAAUAAUAAUACUUUCGUAAUUUUGUGCCUUUUAUUUACAUAGUUUUGACUUUCUUUUUUCUUUUGUACUUUGGUGAUUGGUUUCUUUAACGCUGUAUUGCUUUAACAGUAAAUGUUUUAACCACCACAAUCAUAUUUUGACUCAUGUAAAUUGAUAUCAUUACUACAA